AUGGAUCUUCGGUACUAUUUACCAAUUGAAUCCAACUGGUGUGUUGUCGGUUCACCUCUCGGUGAUGGCGCCGGCAGAGUUGUUUUUGUUCAUACACUGGCGAUUUGUGAUAAUCGAGCCAAUUCCCAGGGAAGCUCAAUCCCCAAGGACCAAGCGGCUUCAUCAUCGGUUGUCCAGUUCAGCCUAGUGGUGCGUCGACCGGGCGCCGGCUCUAGUGGCAUUGGCAGUGGCGGUGGCGGUGCUAGUCGGCCCCGCCUAGUUCCAUUGGCGGUGCCUCAGUCUGUACCAUUUGCUGCACGUCUUCUUCGCAUUGAAGCUGAGGAGCGGGAAGAAAAAGCACGAUUGAAAGAACGCGUUCUCGAGAUGCACAUGGCCCAGAAGGAAGCCGAUGAAACCAAUUGUCUCAACUCCGACCUUCUGGCCCAAAUACCUUCAAAUGUGAACCGUGACCGGUGGUUGAAGUACAAUCAUCCUAAACGAGCUCCCGAUGCUGAGGCCGUUUUUGGAACCUCCAGUAUCUCCUUACCACCACCACCACCUUCGUAUGUCAACUACCGAAACUUCCGGCGGUGA